AUGGCGCCGGACUGUCCGGCUCUCCCCUUGGGGGCGGGGGGCGUGGAAGGGGGCGAGCGGGGAGAGCCGAGCGGGAUUCCCUGUAACUGGACCAAAGAGCAAACGGGGCUGCGCGACGGGGCCCCCUGCUGGCCAGUGGACAAGAAACUGGUGCAGCGGACCAAGGUGCACCUGGAUUUAACCCGAACAAGGACCAUGCGAGGAUUUCGGAGCCAGGACAUCUUUGAUACGGGGUAUCUCCUAGCUGCCGUUCUGCUGUGCUUCUGCCUUUUGCCCACCCAAGCGGCUGACAGCCUCCCCCUGGUAGCUAUCCCCGAGAACCCGGCCGAAGGUCAGAAUGUCACGCUCUCCGUGGAAAACGUGACCGGCAGCAUCCGUCAGUUUGAGUGGUAUCGCGGGUUGGUGACGGACGGGGGAAGCAGGAUCUUCACCUACUUUACUGGAGAAAACAAGCGCCCACAGCGGAACGGGGUCCGGUUCACCAACCGGGAAUUUGGCUACCCCAACGGAUCGCUCCUUAUCAGAGGGGUCCAGCAGAAUGACAGCGGACCCUACAGUGUGGUAGUUUUGGUCCGUCCAAAGGGAACCUUCAAGGGCAGCACUGUGCUUCAGCUGGCUGGCUCCGCAACCGAUGCACCUCCGACAACCCCACCUUUGACAACUUUGCCGGCAAAGGUCCCUUCGAUGCUGGGAUGGAUAGUGGCUGGAGUCCUGGUCGGGAUCCUGCUGGCCGGGGCAUUGGGAGCCAUCUUGGUUUACCGAUUUGUCUUACAGAAGGCAGAGCCAGGCACCGGGGUGGCAAUGAAACUGGAUCCAAGGGGGAAAAAGCCCCCGGCAUCCAAACGGGACGACAAGGAACCCAUUUACGAGGUGAUGGAUUCGCCAGUGGAAUCGCCCCAGAUGGAAGGGAAGUCUCCACCCCCCAUUCCGGGACCUUUCCCUCCUCUUGCUGGAAGCUGCCCCAGCCUAGACUCAAACUAUAUGGACUUGCUGCGCAGGGCAGAAUCAAUUUACUCUGAGAUCAAGAGGUGAUGCCGCGGACUGAAAGUUGCCC